UUUCAGUGCAUCCUGUCUGUUAAUAUUAACAAAGUUACUAACAAGCAAGCUGAAGUUAGCCAGCGUGCUAAUGAUAUCAAUCAAUCGAUCCAAAUGUCCAAUCAUUUAUUUUAAGCCGUGAAAAGUUGAUCGACAAGGUAGUGAAGAUAGAAGAAUAAUGUCAGACUCUGGUGAAGAUGAGGUAUCUGAGGUAUUGAAAGCAGAGUCUGAUGAAGAGGGAGAGAAUGAGGAUCUUGGAAGGGACGAAAAAAAUAAUUCAGGUGGAGAUCAGCUAGAGUCCUGUCCACUAACCCAGGACAUUUUAGCGAGAAGUUUAUCCUUGCUAUGUCGCACAGGGAAUGGUCUGUCUCAUGCCUAUGUCAGACUUGAUCUUAAAAAUAAGGGUCUGACAGACCUGGCCUUGCUCAGCUCCUUCAUCCAUCUGCGUUAUUUGGACCUGUCCGCCAAUCAUUUGUCAGACUUCUCUCCAUUGGCUGGCCUCACCCAGCUUCUGUGGGUGAAGGGAGACAGCAACCAGCUUCAUGGCUUUGAGGGACAGCCUUUCGGUCAGCUCACUUUCCUGCAGUGGCUCAGCAUUGCCAGCAAUCGCCUGUUUGAUGUGAAGGGUCUCGGAGGCCCAGCACUGGAAACCCUCAAUCUUACUGGUAACGGUAUCCAGACCAUGCAGGGCCUGGAAUAUCCAAAUCUGACCAAUCUGGUGACUCUGGAGCUCAGAGGAAAUUGUUUGGAAACUACAGAUGGCAUUUACCUGCCCAACUUACGCCAUUUGUAUCUGGCUCAGAACAACAUAAAGAAACUGGAGGGUCUGGAGAAGCUUGAGCGUCUCAUCACUCUUCACCUCAGACAUAACCAGUUAGAAACACUGGAUGGACUUACUGCCAAUAUGAAAUGCCUCGAGUAUCUUAAUGUCAGGGGGAACCUUAUAUCUUCUAUGAGGGCUUUGCAGACUCUAGCAAGUGUGGGGCAAACGCUAAAGGCACUUGUGCUUUUGGACAACCCUAUUGCGAAGACUGACGAUUACAGGCUCUAUGUGAUCUCACAACUUCCCCAGCUGGAGCGAGUGGACAAAGAUCCCAUCACACCUGAAGAAAAAAUUGAGGCCCAAAAAAAGGAGUUUGAAGAUGAAAAUGCUGAAGAUCAAGAGGACGACUGAAUAGUCUGUACCAAUAUAAUUUUAUAUUCAAUAAAGUCUACACUGGCUGUCCAAUUAGUGCAAGCGAUUUGUAAGGCUGAAGCUGCUGGUGAAAAUGAGUAAGACUCAUCACUAGAUAUGAUAUAACGUGGUAACUUUCUAAUCUAAUGCCAAGGAAUAAAA